AAUGGUGUCUGAUUUCACAGUUCUCGGAAUUGGUGAGUCGCGUUUAUCUGUUGACUCUCUCUCUCUCUCUCUCUCUCUCUCUCUCUCCUCGGUUUCGUCGACGACAUGGUAUUGUAGGUUUCUUGUUGAUCAGCAUAGUCCGUCCUUGAUCGGUGAAGACUUCGAACGACUUCUAAAACCCUGUUGGAUAGAGCCAUCGCACAUUAAGCAGAGACUUCAAGGGAAAAGGGUUCAUUUCUCGGCCGAGAGUCACUGGAUAGAUUUAAUUGGUCAUCAUCGACAUACGUGUACAUAUAUAUAUGUGUGUAUAUGUACAUAUAUUCUCAACUGGUCUCAAAUUGCGGUAAUCCUGUUGAGCUUCCGAAACAACUCCGUCCCGUUUCUCAAAGGAGAAAGAAAUUCGAUACAAGAGGAAGCCAAUACGCUGCCAGCCAGAAGUGCAAUAUAA